GUAUUAAAUUUUAUUUGCAUUCAUUGUAAAUUUCAGCGGUCAUUCCUAAUUUCAGUAAAUUCAGUUAGGGGCAAAACGUGAAAAUUCCAGGCUCUCAAGUAGAAUCAGAAAACUUCAGAAAACCACUACCUUGCUUAAAUUUUCUUUACUCUGCUAGCUCAAGCGCAUUUCUUAGAGUGGGGGGAGUCACAAGCAGGAAGCCAACACGGUAGUGAGUGAUUCAGUAGUAGCUGCUCGGGCGCCUUUUUGGUUGGACCGAGGAUGCGCUCCAGCUCCCGCUCGGCCGAGCAGUGAGUUCCAAGUCCGGGACAGCGACUCUUUGAGACUCUUCUAGAUUCGGAAUUCUAACUCAGCGAAAGCUGCCACGGUCGGCCACGCCUUCAAGUAGAGCGUGCUUUGCCGCCGUCUAGGGUUGGAAGCCCUGGAAACUUUCCUGAAAAUUUCCGAAAAAAUCAGAAAAUUUCCGGGAAAAACAGGAAAAUUUCCCAGAUUUCAGAAAAUUGCCGUUCUUUUCGGAAAUUUUCGGAAAUUUUCGGAAAUUUUUCUCGAAAUUUUGGAAAAUUUGCAACCCUACCGCCGUCCUUGCAUCAGGGGGCGGAAAUCCACCCCAGCAACCUGAGAGGCUCAUCGUCGGUCCGAUGGCCGGGGCGCACACCGCGAGAGCGUGCCUCCUGGCUCUCACCGCCACCGCCUGGCUGGCCCCCUCCAGGUCGCAGCAGCUGGAGGACGCGCUGCCCGCCCUCAGCCCGCUAGCUAGCCUCAACCUCGACGAGCAUGGCCCCGGCAGGCAGUGUGCGCAGGACACGAGGGCCCUUGUGGCCGCGGUGCGCAACCGGACGCUGUGGGCGGUGAGAAUGCUGGACGCGAGCGCGCGCGUCUCCUCCGGGGUGCUGUGGGGUGCGCGCUGCCAGCUAGGAAGCUAUGACGGCUGCAUAGCCGUGGGCGCCUCCUCGCCCGUGGGCGCGCGCUACUGCCUCGUGAGCGUCAACCACAAGACAGACGGACAGGCUCGGGGCACCUGGGAGACCGUCGAGGACCUACCCCCGUACCAGGACGUCUCCACCGUGCUCAGAGGCGAAGGGAUGUUGCCCGGGUCGCUGCCGUUGGGCGACAUCCGUAUGGGCCUCUGCGUGCCCGCGUCGUGUACAGCCGCCACGCUGCAGGCUGCCCUCCAGGCCGGACUCGACCCGAGCGUCCGCGUCCACGUGGGCCCGGAGAACUGUCAGGAGCACGUGACCGGGGCCUCCCUCUCGACCGGCGCGACCCUCUUCUGGGGCCUGGUCGUCGCACUCACCGCCGUGUCCGUGGCCGCGCCUGCCUUGGGUGAGAACAGUAAUAAUUGAAGUGUGCAACUGGCGUGCACAUGAAAGCGCUCAACACUAUGUUGCACAAUUUUAAGUGUUUGACUGGAUAUUUGAAUACCUAAAAGUGUUAAACAGUAGAGUUGAACACCUACAAGUGUUCAACUACACGGUUGCCCAUGCAGCUUUGGAAACUUAAAACUGUUCAAAUUUACUGUUAAACAGUUUUAAGUAUUCAAAUUUCUCUCCAACACCUAAAAUUGUUCACCAGUAGUUGAACUUUUCCAUAUACAUGCCAGUUGUACAGCCACUUUUGUUUUCAGUGAAGGUUUCCAAGGACUUGCCGUGCACCUUAGGGCAUUUCAAAAAAAUCCGAAAAGCCCACAUUAUUCAAUGUGGUCUAAAAAGGCUUCACGUGCGCAUACCGGGUCUCAAAUUAGAAAUCGUUUUGCGAAUGUAGUUCUUACAUGUUCUUACAAUGUUGGAGUCCGACAUCCAUCCAUAAAACCCCAGUCCCCUUCCCCUUCCACACCUCUCACCACCGGUCACCUGCCAGGGCCCAGCCACAGGCUCAUCUUUGGCCUACGACUUCCAUUCAAAUUUCAUUGGUCUUAGAAAAACAGGGAGCAUAGAGUGAA